CAGACGGAUCCAAGAUGGCUGCCCCCUCGCAGCGUCUUCUGGCUUCCUGUGUGUGCGAAGUGGCUGAGAACAACACGGGAUUGCAGCCGCCAUGGACGCAGAGGACAUAGUCGGCCGCGCUGUGCAGACAGAGAGCCCAGAGGGCCGCGGGGUGUCUCCCCCGGAGGAGGCCGAGGGCGGGGGAGCCUCCUGCGCUGACUCGGCACAGACGGGCCGCGGCCAAGUGAGGCGUGCACAACAAGAAGCCUCCCCCCCGGCGGCGGACGGUGUCUCUGCCCAGAGCCCAUCCACGCCGUGUGGUUUGUCCCCCGUGAGAUCCAAAUGCGUCGAGCUCCUCCUCGCCGCCCUCCGCCACCAACUCCCCGACGGGGGCGAGGCCGCCGAGCUGGCCGGGGACAUCGAGCGGCACAUCCACGAGCUCCACAAACCCGCCAGGUACAAAGCAUGCGUGAGGAGCAAGGUGGCCAACUUGAGGAACCCCAAAAACGGGCACCUGGGCCGGGGCCUCCUGAGCGGCUCCCUGUCGGCCGAGGCCUUCGCCCGGAUGUCCGCGGGGGAGAUGGCCAACGCGGAGCUGCGGCAGCUCAGGGAGGCGUACUCGUCCCGGGGGGUCAGCGAGAGGCAGCUCCCCCGGGGGGCAGAAGGCACGCCGACGCAGAAGAUCCGCUGCAGAAGAUGCGGGGCGUCGGACUGCCGCGUGACGCAGGUCUCCAGGGGGGCGCUCUUCCUGCCCGCGUGGGUGAGGCAGAGCGGCCCCGACGAGGACGCCGUGACCUUUGUGACCUGCGGCGCGUGCGGACAGCGGUGGUACCACAGCGGCUGGGUCUGCCUCUAGAUGCCAGUGUCACCCCAAAUAAAUGUGUAAAGUUUCCUGUAGGGUUUGUUUGGUAACGUUUAUUUGUAACAGCAAAUACUCAAAAAUAUUUUUCUGCAGCCUCGUAAAUGUGUCGAGUAUUUUCUGCCACAUUGAACCAGGAGGAAUGUCUGAGGGAUGCAGAGUGGAAACAAAAGACAGAUCCUUCUCUCAGGAUGGAGCACAUAUUUGGGGUUUCAACAAGACAUGUUUUUAGGAGGCAUCCUUUAUGUUGAAAUGUGCAUUUACCACUUAAAUGGAAAAAGAGAGGAGUCACUGUCUAUUGCAGCUGCAUUCUGAAACCACUUUUUAGAGAAGUAGCUCUCGACAUCCUCUUCCCGCUGAAUCAUUUCCCGUCUCCUCCAGUGAAUCUAUCAUUCAUAACAGCUCAAUACUUUUCCAGGGGCCUCCAACACUUUCUGACGUGAAGGUUUGCAUUUAUUGUGGCUCACGUUUACUCCGAAGGUUAAAACUCUUUUUUUUAAAAGGAGAAGAAGAAAACACGUGCCUCGCUUUCCUACAACAUGCCAUUCAUGUGGAGAACAUGUGACCUCGGUGGGCAUGUGAUGUGUCGGUAAUCUGCCUCUUCCCGAGCAGCCUCUGGGGUGGAUGUCCCAUGGUGCUUCACUCAGUCGACGUGGCGCGGCGGCUGCUUUGCGCGUCGUCAUGGCGUCGCAUCCCUGGGGCCUUUAAGGCGCAGCCAUGGAUCUGUUUUAACAAGAUCAGUUUUUUUAAUGACGUUUUUUCAUUUCUGAGCUGAAGUGAGACUUUAACUUGGCGUUUUGAAAGGAUCACCUUUGCUGUGCUCGUCAGAUACGGAGCUUGCGAUAUCUUAUCAGUCUCCAUUCAGUUACUCCCUAUAUUUCGAGCGUUUAUAUCUUCUUAUAUCCAUUUAUAUCUUCUCUCCCUCGCACAUACACAGAUACAAUCGAACAACGGUGCAACGUCAGAGGUUCCUCAUUGAGAGGCUUGAACCCCGCUGAUUAAAGGUUAAAUGUAUGCAGCAGGCUGUCAGCUGCUUUAAGUGCUGCACAAAAUGUACCUCCUGCUUCUGACCAUUAAAAACAAAUGUGAAACAACUGAAGGACAUCUGUUUGCAUUCUC